GGAUGUUGCCCCAAGAAACAAAUGUCAAACCUAGCCAAAAAACCCUCUGGCCCAGAAGAAGGGUUUUAGACUUUAGAGCAACACAGAGCUACAGGAGCAAAAUGAUAGGGAGAAGAUUGAUUAACCUGUUCAAGAGAUCCUCAAAGUCACAGCUUUCAGGCCCCGCGAAGCCUGCCUAUGAAGAUAACAGCAAGUCAUUGGCUCGAAAGGCGGUGUCUUUUGUUUUGUUUACUGUAACGGGUGGUGUUGCUCUGAGUGCUCUUGAUGACCUUGUUAUUUAUCAUAGCUGUAGCAGCAAAGCCUUGGAGAAAGCAAGUAAGAACCGGGCAGUCAUAGAUGCCAUUGGGGAACCUAUUUUAAAGGGUCCAUGGUACAAUGCAUCACUUGCAGUAACUCAUAAGAGGCACUCUGUAUCUUGUACAUUUCCUGUGUCUGGACCACAAGGCUCGGGAACCUUUCAGUUGAAGGCAGUCCGUAAUGGAGAUGAAUCUUGGUUAUCAUUUCUCCGGCCUCGUGAUUGGGACAUUCUAAUCAUGGAUGCUCUCCUUCAUGUUCCUGGAAAUGAUGAGAAGCAUCAGGCAUUGCGGAUUAGUCUGUCUGACUUCCCUUCUCCAGCUUGUACAGCAUGCACCGAAUGCAAGCCUCAAGAGUCGAAGAAGGAGUCGGAGAUUCCUUCCGUUGAGCAAAAAUGAGAGUCAUAUACUAUUGAUUACCGCAACCCUUUUCCCUGUUUGAUUCCUCUGCUCACCCAAGUUUCUUCCAUUCCAUUAUUGGUAAACCGAACUGAGGGGACCUCCAUACUUGAUUUGUUCAUGAAAUAAGUUAUGUGAAACAGUUUUGUUUUUCUUUUGUUGAGAAAUAUGAUGAGAUCAGUUGGCAUGUAAAUGCAACCUAAAAGGAAGGGGGAGAUCCAAGUAUUUUUCCUCUCCACACUAUAAUGCAAUAUGUUUAGUUGGCAUUGUAA